AUGAUGACAAACCAGAAGCACCUUCUAUCUUUCUUCUUCAUUCUUUCGUUGGCCGGGCUUGGGAGUAUCCAGCUUUCAAUGGCAAAGGAGGUGAUACGAAUACCAGUUGGGGUAGUUCUUGACUUGAAUUCCUCUGUUGGAGCGAUUGCAGAGAGCUAUAUGACCAUGGCACUCUCAGAUUUUUAUGCUAAGCAUGCUCAUUAUCGAACAAGGCUUGAUCUUCGCACCCGGGAUUCAGCGGAUGAUAUUGUUACUGCAGCAUCUGAAGCCUGGUAUAUGAUGAAGAAAGAAAAAGUGCAGGCCAUCAUUGGACCUCAAAGGUCAGCAGAAGCAAAGUUUGUGAUGGAGCUUGGCAGAAAGGCUAAGGUUCCCAUCAUUUCAUUCUCUGCCACCAGUCCCUCUCUUUCUCAAUCUCGUAGCCCAUUUUUUAUCCGGACAGCCUUUGAUGACUCUGCUCAAGUAAAAGCCAUAGCUGCCAUAAUUGAAUCUUAUGCCUGGCUGGAAGUUGUUCUCGUCUAUGAAGACACCGAUUAUGGCAAUGGUUUAAUUCCAUAUCUGGUAGACGCUUUCCAGGACGUUGGUGCUCGAGUUCCGAACAGAAGUGCCAUUUCUCUAUUUUCUAGUGAUGCGGAAAUUCUAAGGGAGCUUGGCAGGUUAAACUCAACUUCAACAAGAAUAUUUCUGGUGCAUAUGACUGCCUCCCUUGGGUCCAAAUUCUUCAUACUAGCAAAGAAGAUAGGUAUGAUGAGCGAAGGGUAUGCAUGGAUUGUUACAGAAGGGCUAUCAACUUUGUUAGAUCCUGUGAGUUCGGAAGCCAAGGAUUCAAUGGAAGGUGUGUUGGGAGUAAGGCCACAUAUACCAAGCACAAAAUAUCUUAAAGACUUCAUGAAAAGAUGGAAAAAAGCAAACAAGAUGACUGCAGGCCCCAAUCUCUUUGGACUAUGGGCAUAUGAUACAGUUUGGGCACUGGCAAUGGCAGUGGAAAAGGUUGGAAUAGAAAAUUAUAGCUCUAUGAAACGAAAUGUUAGCACGAAUCCUGCAAGCUUGGGAACCAGUGCCAUGGGUAAAACUCUUGUUGAAACAGUCCUAAGUUUAAAAUUUCGAAGCUUAAGUGGGAAUUUUCAGCUAGUCAAGGGACAGUUAGAAGCUUCAGCCUUUGAGAUAUUCAAUGUGAUUGGCAAUAAAGAAAGGAUUAUUGGAUAUUGGAUUGACCAACAAAAAGGGCUGUCAAGGCAGCUCAAGUUUGACAGCAGUGAAGCGGCAAACACAGAUGUAAAGAGGAAACUCAAGCAGGCAAUCUGGCCAGGGGACACUACAGACCGGCCUGCAACAAAGAAACUGAGGAUUGGAGUUCCAGUGAAAGAGGGUUUUAAUGAAUUCCUAAAAGUGGAAAAGAACAAUAACAUAUCAGGAUUCUCUGCUCUAGUGUUCUUUGCUGCAGUGAAUAAACUACCAUUUCCCCUUCCCCAUGACUUCCUUCCAUUCAAUGGGACAUAUGAUAAUCUUCUUUGGCAAAUCAAAGCAGGGAAGUAUGAUGCUGUGGUGGGAGACACAACAAUUGUAGCUAAUCGCUCAUUGUAUGUAGAUUUUACAUUGCCGUAUUCAGAGUCAGGAGUGUCAAUGGUAGUUUUGGUGGAAAAUAAUGAAAGAGGCAAUAUUUGGAUUUUUUUGAAGCCGUUAAGUUUGGAUCUUUGGCUGACAACUGGGGCAGCCUUCAUAUUUACAGGUUUUGUGAUAUGGGUUCUUGAACACCGGGUAAACUCUGAGUUUAGAGGUCCACCACAACAACAACUUGGCAUGAUAUUCUGGGGAGAAAGUGGUGAACAAUUGGUCAAGAUUAGUGCUCGUAAUUUGGGUUUUUGUGGUUCUUAUCCUGACACAGAGUUACACUGCAAGUUUAGCCUCAAUGUUAACAGUGCAGAGAUUGCAGCCUGUAUUUACUGA